CAAUUUAAAGGCAAACCGGAGAACUCCGCCAGGACCAGUACCACCAUCUAUUACCUGACAACCCUUCGUAAUUAUGAGUAUACUAAAGGUUAGUAUCGUAACUUGAAUCAUCACCUUGUAGAGAGAGUCUAAUCACCAAUUUUAUUAUCAGUCCCGAUCUUCCCCUUUACUCUUCUCCUUCGUCUUCACAAAGAGAGAUAGAGAGAAUUUCCAACUGAAAUAGGCUUUUUUCUCAGAUCUCUCUUCGAAAAUGUCUUCAAGCUUCUCUGGAGAUGAAACCGCUCCCUUCUUCGGCUUCCUUGGAGCCGCUGCCGCUCUCGUCUUCUCAUGUAUGGGAGCUGCAUAUGGAACAGCAAAGAGUGGUGUAGGAGUUGCAUCUAUGGGUGUGAUGAGACCUGAACUUGUUAUGAAAUCUAUUGUUCCAGUUGUUAUGGCUGGAGUGUUGGGAAUCUACGGUUUAAUUAUCGCUGUCAUCAUCAGUACUGGUAUUAAUCCUAAGGCAAAAUCAUACUACUUGUUUGAUGGAUAUGCUCAUUUAUCAUCUGGUCUUGCUUGUGGUCUUGCUGGUCUUUCUGCUGGUAUGGCUAUUGGAAUUGUUGGUGAUGCAGGUGUCAGGGCCAACGCACAACAGCCAAAACUAUUUGUCGGGAUGAUCUUGAUUCUUAUCUUUGCUGAAGCACUCGCCUUGUAUGGUCUCAUUGUUGGUAUUAUUCUCUCAUCGCGAGCUGGUCAAUCUCGAGCAGAUUAGAAGAUGGCAAAGUGAGGGUUUGGGAUUCUGUGCUAUAGUUUUCCAAUAUAACCAGUGACUUGAAUUGAAGCCUAUAUCAUGAUAUUAUUAUCAUUUGCUUUUGAUUCGACUUAUUUGUAAAUGUUUUGGAGUGCGACUUCGUGCACCCCUUUUAUCCGGGGAUGCACAUUUCUCCCCUUGUUAUUAGUUAUUUUCUUCACUCUCUAGUUAUUUGUUGAAUUUUAUAAUCAUAAAACUGCAUUUGCAAAUGGGAGAAAAACUUUUUUUU